CAUUUGUUUUGUGUAGGGCUAUACAUCGAUUUUUCGAUAAAUUUUUUUUUAUUUAUUACAACUCGGCUUUUGCUCUUUAAACAUUUUUUUUCCAAAUUCAGUACCAAAAAUAUAAUGGGGGUCGCGGAUACAGAUAAAAAACCAACCAAAGACACAAUUGACGUUAGGGUCCCAAGGCCCAGAUAUCGCUCACUCUUUAAGCGCCGCACAACGCAAUUGAGCACGUCUUAUUUGCACUUCAACUUGUGCAGCAAUUUGCAUCGGCAAUGGAAUCGACGCCGCAUGCGUCGCCUAGUUUUGGCCGAUAAGAGUGACUCCUUAAAUCGUCGCAAGGAUUUUAAACAGAAGCUGUGGUCAUAUUUCAUCUACUCGCUGAUGCCCAUGCUCCUGGUCAUAGGCUUCAGCAGCUUUAUGACAUAUUAUCAAAAUGCAGAAGUCUUCACGAAGUUCAUGCAGCGUUACACUACUCAAUACCAGGCCACCGUGCACAACAAGCUUAACUAUUGUGACCGCACGAUGCCGUUGCAGGACAUGUUUGAGCACAUCCAAGGCGCAGUCAUCAAUCAGGAGAUAGCGUUGAAGCAACUCGAACAGGCUCUGGCCAACCAAAGUUUCCAAUCCAUUGCGCUAGUCGGCACCUCGGGUGUGGGCAAGACCCUGACAAUGCGCAAACUAUUGGAGAAAUAUCCGUGGCCAGAGAAUGUUCAGACCAUUGCAUGGAACGACUAUGAGCUGAUUGACAACGACGCGCGCUACAAGGCCGUUGGGAAAACUUUGGGCAAUCUGGCGCAUUGUGGUCGAAACUUAAUCAUUAUUGACAACAUGGCCAUGUGUGAUUUGGAGUACAUGGCAUCAAUAAAUAGUAUGGUGCAGUCGAACUCCAAAGUGGCCAACGGCACCAACGACUCUGACAAGAAGCAUCUGACCAUCAUCUACGUAUUCAAUGUGAAUAGCAUGUUACCCGAGGAGCUCUACAGUGAGCAGCUGAAGAUGCUGAAGCAGGUGGAGACCACAGCAAUGAUAGUCUAUCGCAUGUUUGGGCCCAAAGAUCUGGAGGCCUGCGUGCGUCACGAGCAGCGACUGUUGGACCUCAAAAUGGAUGAGCGUCAUAUCGAAGACAUGGUCAAUACAACCGAUGUCAAAAUAUCUGGCUGCAAGACCGUACGUGCCAAGGUUCUGGUCCUGGGACAUCCUCUAAUGACGGAAGAGAAGAUGCACAACAAGUUGAAAUUCAUUCCGGAUGAAGGGCAAUAGCUUUCCCAAUUUUCAAGUAGUUUAGUUUUAGUUCUAUAUAUAUUAGCUUAAAUAUUGUCUUUUUGGCAUUUAGUUUGUUAAACAAAAAAAAAAUCUUAAUUUAGGGUUUAGAGAUUAGGGGCAAGAUAUUAGGUAUUACAGUCCGCUAAAAUUCGAGUGUUACGUAGUAUCUGCAUGUAUGCUUGUGAUUGCACUAAAGACUCUAAAUUAUAUUUCGAUUAUAGGUUUUAGAUUAUAUUAUUUAGGGCAUUUUAAUUAUAGCUUAACAUGAAGCUCAUUAGAGUUUCGCGAUCGCUGGACAACUGAGACUGAGAAGCCUUCUGCGUAUAAGUUCCUAAUGUAAUUCAACAUCUCUGAUUGUGAUCAUACUUUAACUCUAGUGAUAAAUAAAAAAAAUUA